UCUGUGCCGAAAGGUAUAAAAUCAAAACCAUCGAAUCGGUGCAGCAGUGUGUUGUCAACGUGGUGAAGGAAGGAUGACAAAUCUAGCGAAAAGCUCCGGUCUCUGCCUGAUUGAUGUUCUUUUGCUGAGUUUUCUGUCAUCUUUGAUGAUUCAAGAUGCGUCAUCCGCACCAAGCACAAAGUGCGAAAUAAAGUCUUCCUGCCCCCUGUCAGCGGGCUGCCAAUUCACCAAUCAGAUGAUAGUAGACCCAGGCUCCACUAUUCCAACCAACUGCUCCAUCUUCGCAGGAGGAAAGGCCAAAGUCGUGACCUGGAACCAAGCGAAACAGCGAGUUGGUACAAGUAAUGGCGGCGUAUCAGAUCUGGUUUUGAAAAAAGUGAGUUCGUCGGCGAGUGGAAGUUAUUCAUGUGAAUGCACCUCUGUCAAUUUUACACGCGAUCUUCAAGUCAUUAUGGGUAGUAGUACUCCGAAUAUCAUUAAAAAACACAAAACGAUUGACUUAAAAUGCUACUUCUCUGGAUGGCCCCUUCCUUCCAACGUAGAAUGGUACAAAGAGCAAUGGCUGGUCAGUAACGUGACUUAUAAACUGAUCACAAAUGGAACCAAAGGAAUGUACCAAGAGCAAAAACAAACGCGGUGGAAUGGUAUAGAAACGCUUCGUAGCAUUCUCCAUCUACCAUCAGGAACCGAAGACCAAGAAGGAUUCUACACCUGUAAGGCAAAGAGUAAUAUUGCAGGCUGGUCUAGUAGUGCAUCAUAUACCAUACAGAUGAUCUACGAAUGUCCAUUGCCACAAUCCCCGACUGUUUCUUCCUCACAAAUCUCGGCAAGCAAAUUCUCGAAUAUCAGCCUAACAUGUUUAGUUGAUACCGAUGAGAGUGGCUGCCCAGAGGAGCUUUACUGGUUUAAAAACAACGACCAAACAUCCUUGGCGAGCGGCGGAAAGUACAACAUAGCAUUGAAAAACACUCACACCAAAUGCCAACAGGAAUUCAUUCUGACAAUUUUUAACGCAACCAAGAAUGAUGAUGAAGGAAGGUACAGUUGCCACUGGAUGUGCGAGUAUGAAGACACGAAGAAAGCUUUCAUUGACCUCAAAGUAUCUGCUUGAUUGGCAACAGGAACCAAGUUCUGGAUAUUUGUCAUGUCCAAGUCCACGCAUUUCUUUACAAAGGGACUUAUAGCAACUGCAGCCUCAAAAUUGAAAACGUUACAUCAAGUUUAGAGUAGUUCAGUUAUAUUGCCGUGAUUUUUUAUGAGGAUAACUUCCCUAUCAAUAUAUGAUGUAUGAUUAGGCAAUUUGAUGUUGCUUGUUUGAAGCUAUCUGAGUUUCCACUUCCCAUUAUAGCAUUUCAGUGUUUGAGCGAUGUCAUACCGUUGCUUAGAGUUAAGUGUAUGAACACGGCUUUGAAACAAAAUGAAAAAAUUUGCAGACAGCAUUUCAAAAUACCUGUAAAACUGAGUCUUCGAAAGCGAUAAAGAUGCUAAAAAUGAAAUAUUACCAAUACUUUACAAUAAAAUACUUGCUUGAUUCACCUUUUACGA